UUGGGGACAUUAAUUACCGGUUAUCUGACACUAGCUACCGUCUUUGUUAAGCAGAGGUUGGUAGGUCAAAUUAGCAGUUACUAGAUCUACUGUUGUAAGCUGCAGUAAAGUUUGUGCGUCAUGGAGGACCAAAGGGAGAGAAAACCCAGAAUCCUGUGCCUCCAUGGAUUCAGAACCAGUGGCCAAAUCCUGAAGCAAUUAGUCCUAAGGUGGCCAGAAUCUGUGACACAAAAGCUGGACCUCGUCUUCCUGGACGCCCAGUUUCCCGCACAGGGAACAUCCAGCGUUGAAGGCAUUUUUGACCCUCCUUAUUAUGAAUGGUUCCAAGCCAAUGAGGACUUCUCCCAGUAUACCAACUUCGAAGAAUGUUUAACAUACAUCGAAGAUUUCAUGCUCAACAAUGGUCCUUUCGAUGGUAUACUUGGCUUCUCUCAGGGAGCAAUUUUAGCGGCUGCAAUACCAGGAAUGCAAACCCAGGGUGUGGCACUUGGGAAGGUAAACAAGAUCAAGUUUGUGAUUGUGAUAUCAGGAGCCAAGUUUGGUGGAAACAAGUUUGGAAUGCCUAAACUGGCUUGCAAUACAUUUUCAAAACCAAUUGAUUGCCCGUCCCUUCACUUGAUAGGGGAGAAGGAUUUCAUGCAGUCAGAGAACAUUGCUUUGUUGGAAGCAUUCGAGAAUCCUGUUGUGAUUCACCACCCUGGAGGGCAUACAGUCCCCAGACUUGUUGAUGAAAGUCUUGAAAUUAUGGUCAAUUUCAUUGACACGAUUCAGAGGACGAUUUAGGAUUGUCAUGUCAAGACUUGAAUCUUAUGUAAUAUACUAUGAAACUUUACUGAGACCAUAUAUAAUAAAAAAGUUUCCGUGUAAUAUACUAAAAUAUAUCAGGCCAGCGUCAAUCAAUGGUUAAAUUUGAGUUCAUUUUAUA